ACUGUUGCCCAGUAACAUAUUCUUUCCUCAACCUGCUAACACGUUAGGCAUUUGAAAUUUCAAAAUUGACAAGUGAAAACAUCUUAAUCUCAUAUUCCAGAAAUAAAAUCAAGAUGCUUUGCUAAGCGAAAUGAACGCUCGCAAGCUGGAAACACAUUUAUUCAAGUGGCAAAAUGAAUGGAAGUUUUAAAAUCAACUGCAUCAUGGAAACAAACAUCACAGACAUUGUUCUGUUUGUUUAAAUAACCCCGUCUCCUUGAAUAAUGUGCUCUAUUAAGCAUUACAAAUCAACUUUAAUUAACGCGGUUGUAUCCCUAAUUUGCAACUAAAUCACACAAGUACCAGCAACCAGGAAACAUGACUUCAAGCCGGCAGAUCGUGUCCCUCCACGUGGGGCAGGCCGGUGUGCAGCUGGCCAACGCCUGCUGGGAGCUGUACUGCCUGGAGCACGCCAUCCAGCCGGACGGCUUCCUGCACCCGCAGUACGCCAGCGCCAACGACUUCAACGCCAUCUUCAGCGUGACGGCGGCCGGCAAGUGCUCGCCGCGCGUGCUCAUGGUCGACCUGGAGCCCACCGUCGUCGACGAGGUGCGCACGGGUGCCUACCGCCAGCUGUUCCACCCGGAGACACUGAUCUCGGGCAAGGAGGACGCGGCAGACAACUUCGCGCGCGGCCACUACUCGCUGGGCAGCGAGAUGAUCGAGCUGGUGCUGGACCGAGUGCGGCGCGUGGCCGAGGACUGUUCCAGCCUGGCCGGCUUCCUGCUGUUCCGCUCGCUGGGCGGCGGCACAGGCUCGGGCUUCGCCAGCCUCUUGCUGGAGCGCAUGCAUGGCGACUACCCGCGCGUCUCCAAGCUGGAGUUCGACGUGUACCCGGCCCCCAGGGUGUCCCCGGUGAUCGUGGAGCCGUACAACGCCGUGCUGGCGACGCACAGCAGCAUCGAGCACCAGGACUGCGUGUUCCUCUUCGACAACGAGGCCAUAUACGAUAUCUGCUCACGUAACCUGGGCGUCGAGCGGCCCACCUACACCAACCUCAACCGCCUCAUAGGCCAGGUGGUGUCCUCUGUGACGGCGUCGAUGCGGUUCGAGGGCGCCGUGAGCGUGGACUUCAUCGAGUUCCAGACGAACCUGGUGCCGUACCCGCGCAUCCACUUCCCUCUCGUGUCGUACGCGCCCAUGGUGUCUCCGGAGCGCGCGAUGCACGAGCCGCUCGGCGUGUCGCAGCUGGUGUCGGAGCUGUUCGCACCCGCCAACCAGAUGGUGAAGGUCGACCCGCGCCAGGGCAAGUACAUGGCCUGCACACUGCUCUUCCGCGGCGACGUCGCGCCCACCGACGUCAACCAGUCCAUCUCCAGCAUGCGGCGCAUGCGCGGCAUCAGCUUCGUCGACUGGAGCCCCACCGGCUUCAAGGUGGGGAUCAACUAUAUGCCACCGACAGUGGUACCCGGCGGUGACCUAGCGAAGGUGCAGCGCGCCGCCUGCAUGAUGGCCAACACGACCGCCGUCCGGCACGCUUGGGAACGGCUGCGGCACCGCUUCGACCUCAUGCUGUCGCGGCGCGCCUUUGUGCAUCACUACGUGGGCGAGGGCAUGCUGGAGAGCGAGUUCCACGAAGCGCGCGACGACUUGGCGGCGCUGGAGACCGACUACCUGGAGGUGGAGACCGACCGCUGAGCUAGCAAACUGGUCGCGGUGACCAAUAUCUACCGCAUGCUGUCGCGGCGCACCUUUGUGCAUCACUACAUGGGCGAGGGCAUGCUGGAGAGCGUGUUCCACGAAGCGCGCGACGACUUGGCGGCGCUGGAGACCGACUACCUGGAGGUGGAGACCGACCGCUGAGCUAGCAAACUGGUCACAGUGACCAAUAUCUACCUCAUGCUGUCGCGGCGCGCCUUUGUGCAUCACUACGUGGGCGAGGGCAUGCUGGAGAGCGUGUUCCACGAAGCGCGCGACGACUUGGCGGCACUGGAGACCGACCACUGAGCUGGAAAACCUGUCGUGGCUACCGUUAUCUACCUUAUGCUCUCUCGAUAUUCUAAUGAAGCCAACUGAACGAGCUUCUUAUUUAGUCAGUUUUUCUGGAAGUAAACAACUUACACUGACAGUACUUUACCUAGAUAUCACCAUACAUCUAUACAUCCAAAACAGCUGGUAGCGUUCAAGUACUCAGCGUUUUUAGCACACCCAAUUUAAUGACUAGAAGAAACUUUUCGGCACCUCAUUCCUCUCGUCAAUCUAAAUUAAAUUGCAACCUUUUUAAAUGACCAUAUUACUGUCGCAUUAAAAGUGAACAUGUUUUUAAACCACUUUUUUUUACUAAAUGAACAGACUUUUAGCAAUUUUAGCUACACUACAUGCUGUGGACACAAACUAAAGAACUUGAAAAUCAGCAUGACCUUGCAUUUAAACUAUCUAUUUCUCUAUAAUACGUGCUCUUUUUACACAAUCCCUUUCCUCAGAGAACGAAAACAAAAUUGUGUUCACACGUGUCUACUCGGGCCUCUGUUCUCUUGAAUCCACAUCACAGAUAGAAUAUGACAAUGAAUGGCACAUAUCGGCAGCGAACGAUUAAUAGAAGUUUCACAAUGGCUUAAUUCGGUUAAGUAACUUACUUACUAUUCUAAAGAAUGGACAAACUAAUAAUUUUGUGCAAUAAACAACGUUGAUUUAAGUUUAAAUUUAGCUUCAUAUUAAUCAGUGAGAGUGUACAGAUAUUAACAUUUUUGGCUCAAAAUUGCUUUGCCAAUUGCAUUUUGAAAAAAAAAAGUAGAAAAUUGAAUUAUCCUCCAUCUAUGUACAUGCCAGGUAUCAAACUGAAUUAAAUAUGCCAUCUUUUAA